UCUUACGAAGGAGUUAAGUGCUCCUGCCCAAUGUCGGAUAAGACCACUUAAUCAAGAUGAAAUAGAGGUAAACUCGCCUUACGUCGAGGACACUAAUCUCGAUCACAUGAUGAGAUGGCUGGACUUGGUGCACUCUUUGGGACAGCCAGAGCUUCAAAGAAAGUCGGCAGAUACUAACCAAGCUUUGCCUCCAGUGGUGCUCGUGGGUACACAUGCUGAUGGUGUAAAGGAUCCUUGCAAGGAAAUGGAAUCUGUGAAGGAAAUCAUUUCCAGCGUGGCUCAUCCAGCAACCUUAGGCCAUAUUUCAAAAGAAGUAUUCUUCAUGGAUAACACAAAUCCAAACAGAGAAGACGAUCCACAGAUCGUUUCUUUGCGUGUUGCAUUAUUGAAUCUGGCUAAAAAAAUGCCACAUAUUAACAAGGUAAUCCCUAUGCAAUGGCUCCGUGUGGAACAAAAAGUCGACGAAAUGGUGAAAGAGAAAGGAAUGCAUUAUAUUGGAAAGAAGCGUUUUGCAGAAGACAUUUCUGGGGGCAUUUGCCAGUUUAAUGGCCCAGAUGACGUCGAAGAAUUGCUUCACUUUUUACAAGCUCGCGGAAGAGUUAUCUACCAAGAUCUCGCAGAAAAUCCAGAUGGUUUGGUCGUGCUGGAUCCGCAGUGUAUCAUGGAAAGCUUUGAUGUUAUAUGCAACUCUAAGAACUGCAAGGGGGAAGAUUACCCUUAUUUUGUUCCAUGUAUGUUGAAAUCACCCAAGAAGAAUACGAGAGGCACAAACAUGCGCACUGGCCCUUUGCCCGUAUUUCUCACAUUUAACACCAACUACGUUCCAAGUGGGCUGUUUUGCAGACUGGUUGUACAUUUUUGGGAAUGGGCCUCACAAUUAUGCCGUGACCCCCGUAUGGCCCCUUCGUUGUUUUCAAACGCCGCCCGAUUCAAUGUCAGUGAAGUGUACCAGCUCACUCUAGAGUGUCACAAAACUGUGAUCAAGUUGAUAAUCUGGACACAGCGAGACUCAGAUGGAAUGGAAGAGAAAAGAAUUUGCGAAGAAUUAUUGAAUCUUCUGGAGCGUUGCAGGACUAGGCUAAGCGUCACCUGUCCGUGGUUACGAUCAUCUACGAUGGAAUUGUAUGUGAAAUGCCAGUUGUGUGAGCCUUGUCCAGAUAAGUGUCGUGACGUAACCAAUAUUUGCAUAUUGCACAAAGAGAAAGGCUGCUCUCAUUUUGACUGUGGCCAUUACAUUCCGUUAGGCAGCUCUGGUCUGAGUUGUGAACACUCCGUUGAUGCUGUUCCCGACUAUCCAAGAGAAAAACUGGAUCCUUGGGUUCAGGCUUUGAAAUCCAUUGAACGUAAGAAACGAACUGGUGGCCGCAAUGAAGAGCCAUCUCCGAGUGACGCAGUCAAGCAAGGAGUUCCCAGUGACGAAGAUUUAGAGUGGCUUUCGCACAAACUCGAAAAUUGGGAGGAACUCGGGCGUCGUCUCGGAAUUGACGAUGCAACAUUAACAGCGUUUGACGAUGACUAUAAGAAAAAGCGUAAAAAAAUCUACAAAAUGUUACGACAUUGGAAAAAGAAGGAUGGCUCAGCUGCAACGUACAAGGUCUUACAUGAUGCAUUGUGUCAUGAAUUUGUUACGCGCACAGAUUUAGCUGAGGAACUUUGCCGUCAACAACAUGAAUGACUGUUACUUUGUUGACUCAUAGAUAGCUUUUAUUUCUAUUUUUAAAGAUUAUUUCCGAUUCCCGUCGAAAAGAAACAAAGUCAGCGGGAAAAAGCCGAUUUAGAGUUUCACUUUUUUAUCUUUAUUACUGAACAUUUUGUAGAGUUCACUGGUAGUGAUAUUAAAAAGCUGAUCUGAAAUGCUGGUCCAGAAAGUAAAAAAAAAGUCAACAAAAUUUUUGCUGUCAACGCGCGAUACGAAAAUUAAUGGGAGGGUUGUGAAUUAAAUAAACCCACUUCUAGUAUGCUGGUAUUUCAGGUAAUAAUUUCCUUGAGAGAGAGAUUGUCUUGAAAUUUUACCGUUCGCCCUCGAAGCUUCGCUUGUCAACCAAAAAAACUCCAUUUUGGGACAUUAGCUCAUUCGCAGACGUGAUCAGCCGAGAUACUAGUCGCCAGAAGAGGUUUACGUACCAAACAUUCGCUGAGUUGCUCUAUCAAUACCAUUGCAGUGUUGUCGAAAGCAUACGGCAUGUUACGCAUUUGCAUCACAAGUGAUGUCUAUACGUAAUGCACAUGCAUUCUUCCUUCAGUUGUUGGUUUGACGCAGCACUGUAUUAGAAAUUUGACGCGCUUUUUUCCUUCUUAAUCUGUAAAAGUAAUCACAUGAUUUCGAGUGUAAUUUGGAAUAUAUAAGCACGAGGGAAUUUUUUUAUAGACUAACAAAAUUGCAUUGGAUUACCUGAAAACUGUAUUUAUCUUAACCAAUCAGAACUGAGUUAUUUUUUUCAUGUAUCUUGUGUUUCGAUCAAGAAAUUGAGAAAAAUGUCGAGUUGAGUCACUUUUUGUCAAAGAAUUUGUGUAAUCUCGAGGAAAAGACUCCGUAAAUGUCUAGGCAACUAAAGGUUCCCUUACACUCGAUUAUGCUUGGCAAAAGGCAAAGUUCUUGAAACAGUCAGCUUGCCUUAUAAUAAUAUGCAUUUGAUAUUGGAAGUUCAUCUUUGGUUCAUUGCCUACGAUAAUUUACGGUGUAGAAUAUUUGUCAACGAAACGUUUCCGUAAAAAUAAAUGAAAGUUUUGACAUAACUAACGGCCUAUAGAACUAUUCUAUAGCAUGGAAAAUAUGUUUGGUAAAAACAAAUGGUAGAGGUUUAUGAUUUCAUCAGGGCUUCCUUACUGCUUUUAGCUGGAAGAAAAGAAAAUAUCGAUUUGCCAUUA